AUGUCGACCCGGGAGGAUCGUUCCCUUUGCUCGGCUACUCUGUGGUCGUCUUGCGUGCCAAUUCACGUUGUGGUGCCCUUCUUCCCAACUCUGUUGAGUUUGAAUACUGACAUGAGUGAAGACCCUGGCGUCCAGUUCAUGGGCGCCAGGUCCAAGCGAACUCACCGCCAGAUGUCCCAGGAGUCCAGUGAAGGGGGCCAGCCGUCCUGGCACCAUCACUUUCAUCCUCCGCGCCCCGACAUGUCAGGCUCUCGUCCGGCCCGCUUGCCACCCAUGAGAACACCCCGAGAUGGCUUUGAUUUUCGCCGGCCAGCCGAGAUCACACCCCAGGAGGGUGAUGUGAUCGAUCUGACAAAUGAGCCUGAAACUCCUCCGCGGAGCACUCAGCCUCGCAUUGCCGAGAGCCGAUCUCCACACUCCGCACGACUCCCACGCUUUGGAAGAAACAUCAUGGCAGAGGCAGCGGACGUUGUCGAUCUAGAAGAUGACCGGGAUAAUGCAGGCGAAGGGCCUUCCAGCAGUCCAGAGGUUCAGUUUGUGCGGGCCACUACUGUACGCCAACAACCGCCGCCUAGAAGAUGGGAUCCUCUAAGCUUGUUCCAGACCAACUUGCCACUACCUCGUCCCCGACACCACAGUGAGAUGCAUCACUUUGGCGCUUAUCCAAGGCCACCAAGGCAUGGCAUUAUGCCUAGUCAGGUGGACGCCCUCUUCCUAGGUACAAGACCCACCAUUCCUAAUCUUGGAUCUCCCGAUGUUCUUCUCGACUACGCUCUUUCUUCAUUCUCCAUGGAGCCAGUGCCAGGCCGGAACGAAGAGAGACGCCGACGUGAUACGUAUAAAGCGCCCAGUCCAGUUCCAGAAGGGUUCAGUCGAACACUGGGUGAGGAUGACAUUGCCAUUUGUCCGAAUUGCAACUGGGAGUUAGGCACUGGUGAAGGAAAGAAGCAAGAAAUUUGGGUUGCAAAACAGUGUGGACAUGUCUACUGUGGUGAAUGUGCGGAGAACCGGUCUCUGUCGAAGGCCAAAAAGACACAGGCAACUCAAAGGACUAAGCCAUUUUCUAAGUGCCAAGUCGAGGGGUGCGGCAAGCCAGUCAGCGCACCUACGGCCAUGCUCCAUUUAUACCUUUGA